AUGGCAUCUAAUAGCCGCUACGCGAAUCUCAGCGAGGCGCCGCUCAAAGUCAUGGCGGAACUCCGCGGCCUGUCACCCGACGGCGACAAAGAUACGCUGGUUCAGCUUCUAGUCGCCCAGGACAUCGAGAUCAGCGCAGCUGGCGUCACUGAGGAUGAGGCCGCCGAGCCGAACGAUAAGACCUGGAAUAGUGACGUGGAGGCUGCUGAGGCCACCAAUGGCGCCGACGACUAUGAGGCCUGGGAGGUCGUCGGUAAGAAGACGUUGAAGCGUGCGGCCGCAAAGCCAGAGAUCCGCGUCCCAAAGAAUGUCGAGGGCAUCCAGGAUACCUCAAAUGCCGAGCACAUGGAAGAGAUCGAGAUCGAACCCGUCGUUGUUGGACGCAAGGAUGAGGCGGUGCCAGUCACCGAAGUCGUUGACAUAGAGGUCACUGAAGACCUACAGGACGCCUCAACCACUGAAGAGCCGAUGGCUGUCGAUGCAAAGGUCACUGAAGCUAUCCAUGACGUCCCGACUGACAACGUUUUCCAAUCUGAGGUCGAUAUUCCUGUGGGUGAGGUGUCCAAGAAGAAGCGUCGUCGCGGCAGGAAGGGCGGCAAAAAGGUCAACAAGAACAAGGCCACUGAGUAUAAAGAUGCAGCUAGCAAGGAGAUCAAGGAGGACUCAAUGGAUUUUGAAGCUGUUCAUGAAGUUGACGAUGCUGGAACUGUUAGCAAGGCCCCCUCUACUGCUUCGACCGUCGUCGAGGAGGCUUCCUCCGCCGCACUCACUGUCUUCGAGGAUAAUGAAGCAGUCCACAACGAGACUGACUCGGAUUUAGUAGAGUCUGAGGCGACUCAAGAUAUUGCCGCCGAUCAUAGUGGCGAUGAUGCUGAGUCCGCGGUUGAGCUAUCCUCCACUGCACCCACCGUAGCCGAGGAGCAGUCACCUGAACUUGAGAAGACGAAUGAGGUUGAUGAUAAGUCUGUUGAAGAUAUCCAGGCUUCUUCAUCGCACGAAGUGAAGUUCCGCCAAAUCACGAAGGCUCGGGCCGUCCCCGCUUCCCCCAACCAGUUCGACGUCCUCAGCGUGGAAGAAGACAAUUUUAUCAAGCUCGAGACCAUCGAAGCAGCCAUUGACUUGGCCGUGGACCUAGCCAACGACUCCACCCCGAGGAAGUCGCGAAAGCGCGGUAAGAAGGGCGGCAAGAAGGUGCAGAAGGCUACCGCGAAGAAGGUUCAGCCAAAGCAAUUCAUGCACGUGGCUUGUGCUGCUGCUUUGGUUGGUAUGGUGGGCGUUGCGGUGGGUGUGUUGGUUAUGUUGGUUAUGUUUGUAUAG